UACUGCUGCACCACUGAACCACCACAGCUAUUUUAUGAAGAGUAGUUUUCAUCUUGCAGCAUCUGUGAAAGUGGAAAAAAGUAUCAGGUGUUUGCACUGAAAACGACGCACUACAGUCUACAUGGAAUUAAUGUGUAGUUUCAACUAGUGACAAGAUGUGUGAGCUCAUGAUUUUCAAAAGAGCAUGAGAAUGUUGCAAUGAUACUGAUUUAACGGUCUUUACAAGUGGACUGAUGUCUAGCAGUGUGCUUCAAAUAACUGGAAAAAUUAAUGAAUAAAAAGGAACUGUAGGGGAUAAUAUGGUGAGAAACAGCUCUUUAUGUUGGAACAACUGUUCGAAUGAGAAAGAAGGGAACUAGGACCAAACCUGUUGCAGUGGCCACCUGAAAUCUAAUGAGUGCAAUUUUAAAAUCAUUGUUGUUGCAUCAUGGCACUCACUUAAUAGUGGUUAAGGAGUGUUUAGAGCUUAGGUUGAGCAUGUGUGAUUAAAAAGCUCUGGACAAGCCAUCAGAGAGCCUCAGUACAGAUGAAGAUGAGCCUUUCAAGCAUGACAUCCUCUUCGAGAACACAGGAAUCUGCAUAAAAUUACACAGUUAAUGCUAUACCCAACUGGUAAAACUGGUAUUCUGUGAUACCUUCAUUGUGUUAAGAAUGCAUAUUCUGUGAAUUCACUUUAGAUGCAAUUGCAGUUUUUGAGAAACUAUUAUUUUGUGUUAAGUUUGGGCACUUUUCUUCUCAAGGCAGUAGAAGUUGCUGAAAACAUUGAUCAUUCUAUAAUAGCGAAUUGGUGUACUAUUCUGCCAUCAAGACAUAAAUAAGUGCAACAUGUCUGAAGGAUUAAAAGCAGGAAGUAGCACUGAGGGAAAAGACAAUGGUGGUAAGGAAGUUGAAGAAGAGAGAGGUCAUGAGAAAGCAAGUGAACCUCUAGAUGGUCAUGCAGGUGAGAGCACUCAAAGUAAGAACAAGGACAAAAGUUCUAAAGACAAGAUACCUGCAGUGAAAGAAGGCAAAGAUUACUCUGCCUCAAACCAGCCAAAAUCAGGGGGACCAAGCUUAGGAUUGCAAAAAAAGAGCAGAGAACUGAUAGAUGGACAAAAAGUGAUUGAUUUUAAGAUACGAGUGAAAGUUACAAAGGCCCGGCAGUUGCAAGGUGCCAAUGUUAACCCUGUUACCAGGGUUACAGUCUCCAACCAAAGCAGGCAAACAAGGGUGAAGAAAUCAACCAGUGUACCAGAGUGGAAUGAGUCUUUCUUCUUCAACUUUCAUUCUGCACCAUCAGAACUCUUUGAUGAGUUAGUAGAGUUUAAGGUCUUCAACUCUAAACGCCUUCGCUCAGAUGCACUCAUUGGCUCAUUCAAGUUUGACAUUGGGCUUGUUUAUGAUGAACCCCAGCAUGCACUUCUCAACAAAUGGCUAUUACUUAGCGAUCCAGAAGAUUCUAUGGCUGGCCACAAAGGUUACUUGAAAGUGAGCGUUGUUAUUGUGGGACCAGGAGAUGAAGCACCAAGCAUGAAGGGUGAUGAGAAAGAAGAAGAGGAAGAUGUUGAAAGCAACCUUUUGCGACCAUCAGGGAUGCAAAUGCGUCCAGCCAUGUUUGUGCUUAGAGUAUACAGAGCAGAGGACAUUCCUCGCAUGGACUCAGCAUUUCUGGAGGGAGUGAAAAAGGUGUUUAAUGUUGGGGAAGAAAAAAAGGAGCUGGUGGAUCCUUACUUUGUUUUCUCAUUUGCUGGGAAGGAGGUGAAGACAAAAAUAAUGUACUGCUGUGAUCACCCUGAAUGGAAUCAAGAACUUAGACUUGGACUACAUUUUCCUUCUAUGUGUGAAAGAAUCAAAUUUAUGAUCAAAGACUGGGACCGUGUGACUGAAGAUGAUAUCGUGGGAACUUCUCUUUUGCCAGUAUCUUUAAUAUCUUCAUCAGGAGAACUUGAUACAGAUGAUUCAGAUACAGAGGAGCAAAGUUACCUACCCACCUUUGGCCCCAGUUACAUCAACUUCUAUGGGUCUACACGAGAAUAUUCUGACCUGCCUGAUGAAUAUCAGGAUCUGAAUGAAGGAAAGGGAGAAGGGGUAGCUUACAGGGGACGUGCACUGCUGGAGCUAACAACAGUUCUGGGAGAGAAUGAAACAGGUGUUGCAGACAUAGAAAAUGAUGUCAUCCUCCGAGUUCAGAAAUACAUGCGACGGCGAAAAUACAGAGUACAUGCUGCAUUUUUGGAUGCUACAAUGAUCAGCGCUAUAGAUGCUCCUGUUGAAUUUGAAAUCAGCAUUGGUAACUAUGGAAACAAGCUUGAUGAAAAUGUGCCUCCCUGUGCAUCAACAACCCAGCCUACUAAUGCUGUUUUUGAUGGCUGCAAGUAUUACUACCUUCCUUGGGGUGGCACCAAGCCAUGUGUUGUUGUUGACUGUUCAUUUGAAGAUAUAAGCUUCCGUCUAGAAAGUCUUAAUGUCUUGGUGAACAUCAUCCAUAAUCUGGAAUCGAACAUUGAAAGAGUCCGUAUUGGCAUCAAAGCCAAACUUCCUAUGCCUGAGAUUGCACAGCUUCUAAUCUCCCUUUUGGACCAGCUUAUCACUGACUGCAAAAAACCUCUACCAGAGCCAAGAAAAGGAGUUCAUGUAGACAACGAACUGGAUCGGCUUAUGAGGAAGCAAAGAGUGGAAGAACUUGCUUCCAUCUCUGAUAUGGCACUUAAAUUGCGAGAAUCAGCUACAGAUGUGACUGAAGCAUUGUCAGAUGUGGAGACUUAUUUGCAGAUACUAAAUAACAUGGCCAUUGAGCCACAAAACAGCAUGCCAGAUGUUAUCAUUUGGAUGAUCAGUGGACAGAAACGCAUUGCCUACUAUCGCAUCCCAGCUAAUGAAAUCUUUUUCUCAAGUGAUCCAGUCUAUCGUGGCAAAAACUGUGGCAAACUGCAGACUAUCCAGCUUAAUACACCAAGCACUAAAAGCAAGGAGAAGAACAUGGAGAUCCCAGCACUACUACGCAUGAAGCUGUGGCUGGGGCUGCAGACUGAGGAGAAUCAAUGGCACAAAAUACAGUCUGAAGGAGAACUGGCCGUUUUUGCUGAAACAUAUGAGAACCAGGUCAAUGUCUUGGGUACAUGGACAAACAAAGGUCCCACCAUGACAAGGCCCAAGUGGUCAGAUAGCCAGGGAAAGAUGGAAUUGCCAAAAGAACAAUUUGUCCCACCUCCAGGAUGGCGAUGGGAUUCAGAGUGGUACGUUAGUCCAGAACUCAGUAUGUUGUAUGACAAGGAUGCAGGUCACAAUGUGUUUGUGGAAGAUCUCUAUGAGUGUCAUUCACGCAACAUUCCUGGUGGAACUUGGGGACCUGCUACUCGGCCUUGGGCUGAUGUGAAAGGUGAUCAGAUGUUAAGCAGGCAGGACCUUAAACCUCCAGAAGGAUGGGAGUGGGUGGAUGAUUGGCAGGUGGAUCUUGGGAGAGCAGUAGAUGAGGAUGGUUGGGAAUACUGUGUGGAGGCAACUGUUGGAGGUUAUGGACCAGUGGAGAAAACUUACCACCUAUGUAGGCGUAGGAGAUGGAUGCGGACACGAAAAAAUGUGUCAGGGGUUAAAAAGCAACAAGACAAGAAGGAAAAGCAAAUGACCAAAGCAGCUGAAGGAUGGGAGUAUGCUCCUCUGUUUAACAUGAAAUUUCAUGCUAUGGAGCGUACUAUGGACCUUGUGCGACGGCGACGCUGGCAUCGCAAGAUGGUGGCAGAAGAUCCCCAUGCUAGCUGUUUUUUCAGUGUUAAACUUGAUAAAUCAGAGGGGAAAGAUCAAUCUAUGACAGCUCCUAGAAUGUUCUUGACAUUCCAGUCACCAGUCAAGUAUCAGCUGAGAGCAUAUAUCUAUCAGGCUCGAGACCUUCUUGCCGGGGAUGACACUGGACUUUCAGAUCCUUUUGCACAAGUUUGCUUCCUGACUCAGAGCAUGGUUACAGAGAAAGUUCAGAAGACUCUGUGUCCCACCUGGGACCAGACACUGAUCUUUGGAGAGAUUGAGAUCUAUGGAAACCCUAAGGGCAUGGAGAGCAAUCCUCCUGAUAUCUACAUUGAAAUCUUUGACCAUGACACAUUUGGCAAACCUGAGUUUCUGGGACGCACCAAAGCCCAGCCCAUGGUGAAGCUAGAUCCAGCUGAUGCACGCACCCCAGUUUUGCAGUGGUAUGACAUAAAGCGUUCCUCCCAACAAGGGGGAGAACUUCUGGCAGCCUUUGAACUCUUCAUGCUUACAGGGAAAGAUCUACCAUUUCUGCCACCAAAGCGAGGCAGCCUUUAUUUGGUACCCAAUGGAAUUAGGCCUGUCAUGCAGCGCACUGGUAUUGAGGUUCUUUGCUGGGGUGUGCGCAACAUGAAAAAAUAUCAGCUUGCAAAUGUAAACUCACCCAGCAUUCAUUUUGAAUGUGGUGGCAAUGUGCGGGAGUCAGCUGUUCUUCGCAAUGCUAAAAAGAAUCCUAAUUUUGAUAACCCUCUGCUUUUCUUUGAUGUUAUGUUGCCCAAGGAAGAGCUGUACAUGCCGCCAAUGAACAUCCGAGUUAUUGACCACCGCAACUUUGGUCGCCACCCUACUGUGGGUGUCCAUGUAUUGAAGACAUUGGAGGAAUUCAGGAACAAUCCAUUACAAGAAUCAAAUGCCGAUGCCAAUUUGCCAGGUAAUGGACCUACAACUGGUGGAGACCAUGUCAUUGACAUGCCUGAACAGGAAAAACGUGGAAUGGGUGCUCUUGAAAAGAUCAGAAAAGAAUCCCACAAGCCAAGUAUUUUUCAAAGGAACUUAGAUUUCCCACGAUUCCAGUUGCCUGUCAUUCAGUUGUCUGGUGUUAAAGAACAGCCAUCAGAGGCAGCUUCUGAGGAGAUUGAUUGGUGGUCCAAGUACCAUGCAUCCUCUGGUGAAACUGACAAGUGCAGAAAAUACUUGGAGCUGGGAUAUUACAAGAUCAAGCUGUACAGAACAGAACUAGAGAAAGCUGAAUAUUUUUCAAACUUCUCAGACUUCUGCAACACAUUUGAGUUAUCCCGUGGAAAAGAUGAGGAGGAGGAGGACAACAACAACGUGGGAGAGUUCAAAGGUACAUUUCGGGUCUACCCACUGCCUCAGGAUCCUAGUGAACCACUGCCACCUCCUAUGAUAACAAAUCUUCCUCCUUCUAGUCCAGAGGAGUGUUUAGUUCGUGUUUAUGUAGUCAGUGCUUUAGAACUACAACCCAAUGACCCUACUGGUCUAGCUGAUCCCUAUAUCGAAAUAGCUCUGGGAAAGAAGAAGAUGAACUCCAGAGAUAAUUAUAUUCCCAACACAAUUGAUCCAGUCUUUGGGAGAUUAUUUGAGAUGACUGCAGUACUCCCUCUGGACAAAGAUCUGAUCAUCCGGGUAAAGGAUUAUGACCUUGUGACAUCCGAUGACCUUAUUGGCGAAACAUCCAUUGACCUUGAGAAUCGCUACUUGUCUCGAUAUCGUGCCACUUGUGGUAUCCCACAGUAUUACAUAAUGUCAGGUAUCAACAUGUGGAGAGACAGUCAGAAGCCCAAACAAAUUCUAGAGAACUAUUGCCAGAAAAAUCGCCUCUCAGGUCCAAUGUUCUACAGCAAUGACUCAGUGAAGGUUGGGCAGCGUGUCUACAAUUUGACAGAAUUUGAGAGAGACCAGGCUACAAGUGAGGAAAUGGGACCAAAAGAGGAGCGCCUGGCCCUUCAUGUGCUGAAUACUCUUCCUAUUGUCAAGGAACAUGUUGAGGCUAGACCUUUGUUUAACCCUCUACAGCCAGGCAUUGAGCAGGGUAAGCUUCAUCUUUGGGUAGACAUAUUUCCAAAGUCACUGGGACCUCCUGGUCCUCCCUUUGACAUCACACCCAGGAAAGCAAAGAAGUAUGUCUUGCGCUGUGUCAUCUGGAAUACAGUAGAUGUAAUUCUUGAUGAGGAAUCUAUCACAGGAGAGAAGAUGAGUGAUAUCUAUGUGGUAGGCUGGAUGGCUGGCAUUGAUCAAAAACAAAAGACAGAUGUCCAUUACAGGUCACUUAAUGGAGAAGGCAACUUCAACUGGAGAUUUGUAUUUCCUUUUGAAUACAUGGUAGCAGAAAAAACCAUGGUUGUCAAAAAGAAGGAACAUUUCUGGAGCCUUGAUGAGACAGAACUCCGCACAGCACCAAUUCUGAUGAUUCAGAUCUGGGACAAUGAUAAAUUUUCUGCUGAUGAUUUCUUGGGCACAUUGCAGCUGAAUCUAAGCAGCAUGCCAUCACCAGCAAAGCGAUCAUCAGCCUGCAAGUUGUCUCAGCUGCCAGAUAAUGCCCCAAAUGCUAACGUCAAAACUGUUUCCCUGUUUGAGGCCAAACGCCUUUGUGGUUUCUGGCCGUGCUACAAUGACGACACAGGGGAACGAGUCUUGACGGGAAAAGUUGAAAUGGAGCUGGAGCUUGUGACAGAGUCUGAAGCAGAGCAGCGGCCAGCUGGAAAAGGUCGUGAAGAUCCAAACAUGAAUCCUACACUAGAGGAACCAAAGCGCCCCGCAACAUCUUUCUUAUGGUUCACUUCACCACUGAAGACAUUGCGAUAUAUCAUCUGGCACAACUACAAGUGGGUCAUCAUUGGUUUUCUAGUGUUGGCUUUGAUCCUGCUGCUGGUAUUUCUCUUCAUCUACUCCUUCCCAGGUGAGAUUUCCAGAUGGAUGGUUGGCAACAGUCGAUGAUACCAUAUCUUCAGUCUUCAGUUACGGUCAGUGGUGGAUUAGUCAUGCAAGGUUAUGUAACUCUUAUUUAUGCUGCAUAUAUCCUGCAGAGCCUUCUUGCUGCCUGGAUUCUUCACCAUUUUCUCCCAAAAAACUGCUGCCGUCAAGUUCUUUGGUCACGCCAACUACGAUAGUCAGGUCUGUGUUACCUCUCGCUCUUGUCAACUUGGUCUUCCAAACACAGCCUGUCCACUUGCUGCAUCAUCAUCAACCUCACACCUGCAAAGAUUGCACUCAACAAUUUGCAAGUGUAUGUACUAUGCAGACAGGAGGCAAAGUGUAUGAGCCUCGCAGUGUUUUUUUAAUUUCCUUUCUGUGCAUGUUGCAUGCCUCACUCACGUCUGCUGGCCAUGCACACUGCCAUGUUAAUCUCUUGAACUAUGGAGCAGGCACAAAAGGAGGCUAAAUAGUGAAAGUAAACAUGCGGAAGUGUGACCAGCAGAUGCAGUUUUCAUUAUUGUGUUAUUUUUUUGAUUUCAGAAAACUCAUCUUGCAUAGGAAGUAGGAUCAUCAUUGUUAUGAAACCUUGGUGAUAGGUUUUCACUUAUGCAGUAGCAUAAGCCUUUUAUAACGAUCAGAUAUUGGGUAUUAUGAUAUAAGUAUUAAGAAAGUACAAGUAUGACAGCACCAGUAUCUUGGUUUAAUGGUUUAGUCAGUAAACUAUUACUGCAAACAGCAUUGUUAGUCACUGGUACAUCCUCUGCCUUUCACACUUGGCACACUGAGCACCCUACUAUUAUCUCAUAGACACAGAGAAGAAGGAACAGAGUGUGAAUGUAUGCAUGCAUUUUUCUUCAUCCACGUUUUUCUUCCAUUGUGAUACUACCUUUUUGUUACUCAAAGAAGAAAGAUAUUUUAUGUAUAAAUAGAGAGUAUAUAUAUACACACACAUGACAUACAAUUUGACAAAUUAAAAUAGCACAAGAAGUCACUUAUUUAUCACUGAUGCUUAAAGAUUAUGAAUUUGGCAAUUCAUAUUCAUCAUAGUGAUAUCAUGCUACAGGCACUUGCAAAUAAUCUUCUGAUUCAGAAACUCAGUAGUAAUAUAGAUAAGCUAAAGUCUAUAGGUAAUCUUGAGAAGCUUGGGUUGAAUAAGACUUAAUCUAUGUGUUUUAUAUUUGUAUUGCUAAUAAUGCAUAGGGAUGUGCCUAUAAAGGCAGCCUGAAGUCUGUUUUUCUAUGGACAGAAGAUGCUGGUUUCUUGUACAUGUGUUUGACACAAAAUGUUCCUUUAAUGUCUUUAUUAUUAUACCUUCCAUUGCUACCCGUUUUCUAGGACUUAAGAUUCUAGAUGAGCAAUAAUGCAACAUAAAAAUAACUGCAAGACUUUCUUCAAGCAGUUUUGAAAAAGUUAAUCAUGAAUCAGAUUUUAAGCAAAAUUUUGGUGAGAGAAAUUUGUUAUCAGAACUAUGAGUAUUAUAUUUACAGUGAUUUGGAAUAUCUCUUGAGCUAAAAUCUUUUGGGACUUGUGAUUUUUAACAUUGCAUGUUAAACAUUGAACCUCAGAUUCAUUUAAAAUAUUUUUUUCGUUGUUACGAUGAUGUUGGUUGUUUAUAUGGCUUAUGAAAAAUUAUUAGGAACUGCAUGAUAUGUUUGGUUCAAUGCAUUUCUGCUUAUAGAUUUAUGAAAGUAACUCACCAGGUAGUUCAAAGAUCUAUCUGCAAUACUAGACUGCUGAUAACUAAAGUUUUUGAAAAAGUGUAAUGCAUGUUUUUUCUGUUUUACGUAAUGUCCAUUACGGUAAAGGGCACAGACUGUUUCCAAACUUACAUUGUUUGGCUGAAUUGGAUAUUUUUAUUUUUGAUGAAAUUUUAAUAUUUGAAGAAAUAAAACGAUAUAUGUAUAUUAGAAAUGGAAUUAAUAAUAAAUUGUCAUAUUUAUGCUUCUUAAAAAUGGUGCACUUCAAUUUUCACAGAAAUGUUUAAUAAUGUUUUGCAAUGUGUGAUCACUAUGGUUAUUUUAUAUGUAUCCACAUAAAGAUUAUUUUCCCUAUAUACUUUGAAUACAAGGACAUAAAAGAUUCAUUAUCAAGGUGCUUGCUGGCAUGUACACGUGCCAUAAAAAUGUUAGCUGUCUUGACAAAAUUUAGGUUCUCAAUACUAGCUGUUUCUGCAGCAAAUAUUUGUGAUGCAAUAUUCUUCUUUCAUGAUAUUAUAUGAUCGAAUGGUGGCCAUUCUUGAAGUCUUUCACAUUAAAAGGAAGCUGUUUGUGGAUCUUUUAUGACAAUGAUAUUCUUUGUUGAUACUGGCCAUAGUUCUUGUUACAAAUUUAUCUGACUAAACUGAAAUUUCACUUUUUGUACUGAUACUUGAGGGUGCUUCUUGAAUUGCAUUUUUAUAGUAGUAUUAUAAGGAGUUUGUGAACCUGAAAGCUAGUUUUAUCAAUAUGCUUAGAUCAUCACAUUUGGUUUCAGGUUUCAUGCUGAAGUUGCUUUCAGCUUCAUAGACUUCCUACGUCUUUUGUAUGCACAUUUCUUGUAUCUUAGAGAUUUGAACGUUGUCAGGUAUAUGUUAUGACAAGUAUCAGUGGUAACUCCUGAUGCUUACAACUUAGUACCCAAAGAACAGCAUUCUGAGGUGUGCAAAUACUCUUCUGUUUGCAAAGGUUCACAUUGACAAUAUGUUUAGGGUAGACUCACAGCAAAAAAAAAAAAAAACAAUGCUAUUGUAUCUUCUUUGAAAUUAAGAAUGUAUAACACUGUGCAUGCGACAAGUUUUGGUAAAUGCAUGAGCAAAUAUUUGUCAACCUCAUGUCUCAGUUUACCUAAUUGUUUAACUGGUCACAGCUAGUCUCAAAAUUAUUAAUAGCUUCUGUAAACGUUUCCUUUUCCUUUUGAAUAUUGUUUAUGGAGUUGGGUUGCUUAUUUUUGCUGUUUAGAAUACUUAUUUCUUGUUCAGAACAUGCCGAGAGGGAGAUAACGCCAUUUCUUUUCCUACUGCAUAUUAUCACAUGAUUUCUAUUAGUCGCUCCAGCCUGUCAACAAUUCCAUGACAGCUGUCCUGGGUUCAGCUCUCGUCUCAGGCACACUGUUCUUUCUCUACAUGUGACAUCUGUUUACAGGGCUGGCUGCCUCUCCGUGACAUAGCCUUAGUUGCUGGCUCGGCGUAAAACACCUUUUUUCCUUCAACCCCCUCAAUGGUUAUAUAUUGAGUGUUGGCUUUUAUCUCAGCAUGCAACACUUGUUUACAGGGCCUGUGGCUUUACUUUGUUGCUGGGUCAACAUUGAAAAAUGACAAUUUCCCCCUCACCUUCCACUGAAUACUGCUUUCUGCAUUCUAAUUCACUUUGCAUGAGCUUUUUCAUUUUUAUUUGUUUUCACUUUUUCUGAACCAUGGAUGUUAAACAUAUUCAGACUUUACGUUCAUAAAGCUGCUGAUUUUUAUAUGUUUUACCAAAUAAGAUCUGUACAUGUUCUUCUCUUCUUCACUUUGCUUUUUUUCUCCGGGAAGAUAUAAUGUCAUUUCUGACAUUUAUUGUACAGUUUAUCAACUUUUAGUUUGAUUUUCUUUAUGGUUAAUGGAACAUAACAUUUCAUCCUUUUUAUUUGCUGAAAGAAUAUAAAGUUUUUUCAUUAUCAAUAGAAAAUCUUUUUAUGAAUAUAUAUAUAAUAGUUAUUAGUAAAAUGCAGCAUGGUUAUUUUUUUCUUGCCUGCUUAUACUGGUGCAUGAUAAUCCCAGUGUUUUUUGGGUUUUUUUUUUUUAUUAAGACAGACCAUACCAUAAUUAACAGUUUUUAAGAGUAGUACAGGUUCUGUUUUAUAUAAGUCACAUGGCCAUGGUGACUGAUGAACAAAUCAAAAUACAUCUAGGCUGUACAUUUAGACAAAUUUUCAGUGUUUUGUUAACUUUGUUGACCAUUUAUGACCUCUCUGAUUCAAGGGGCAGUGUUAUCUUAGGAUUGGGCUUUUGAUUUUUAUGAUGUAUAUAUAUUUUGUAAAAUAGGCACUUCAUUUUUUCGUUUAUUAACAUACACAAUUCUGCCAAUAAAAGUUUCUUUUAACAGUA